UUCUCAGAUCAGCCUCCUCCUCUUCCAAGGCAGUCCUCACUUCACUUUCCCCUAGGCUGAAGCCUGCGGGAGCCCCCCAGCUUGCCAAAACCAGGUGGGGUCAAGAACCUCAGCCCCAGGAUGUUGACAACAUUGCUCCCAUUGCUGUUUUUACUGCUCCUGCCUGGCUGGGUCCAUUGUAACCAGGAAGCCUCAGAUGGCCAGUUGAACUUCCACAUGAUCCAGAAGUCCUACUUCCUCAACCCCUUUCAAGUGUGGCAUCAGGGCAACGCGUCGCUGGGGGGCCUUCCCACGCACACGCUGGAAGGUCCAGGCACCAACGUCACGAUCCUCCAACUGCAGCCCCUGCAGGACCCUGAAAGCUGGGCAAUAAUGAAGCGCAACCUACACCUCUACUUGCAGCAAUUUUGGGGCCUUGUGAGGCUGGUGCACCAAGAGCGGCGCUUGGACUUUCCUCUGAAUGUUCGCUGCUUCCUGGGCUGUGAGCUGCCACCUGAGGGCUCUAAAGCCCAUGUCUUCUUCGAAGUGGCUGUGAACGGGAGUUCUUUUGUGAGUUUCCAGCCAGAGACAGCCUUGUGGGUAGCCGGAUCCAAAUCACCCUCCAAAGUGGUCACCUACACCCUACAGCAGCUCAACACCUACAACCGUACUCGGUACGAACUGCAGGAAUUCCUGCAGGACACCUGUGUACAGUACGUGCAGGAACACAUCACCACGAAAAACACAAAAGGAAGUCAAACAGGUCGCUCCUACACAUCACUGGUCCUGGGCAUCCUCCUGGGCUGUUUCAUCAUUGCUGGCGUGGCUGUAGGCAUCUUCCUCUGCACAGGUGGACGACGGUGUUAAUUAUUCUCCAGCCCCCACUCAAAACAGAGCUGAACUCGUGGGGGCUGGCAAAGGAGGAUCUCAAAAUCAGAUUCCCCAACUGGGUUGUUACACCCUAGAAGCUUUGGAGUGGCAGAUGCUUUCUUCUCCCAAAUCUGCCAACCAAGAAUUUGGUGCACAGGAGGCAAAGAGGUUAAACAGAGAGAGUACUGGGCUUGCUAAGAACUGAAGAAUUUGCAAGCUUUGCUGAACUGAUCCAAGAAGCAAAUGUUUAUCUUUGUGGAAAGCAGAUUAUGGAGUUGGGGUGAGGGGAGAGGAUGUCUAUGGCCCACCCUCAAAAGACAGAAUCACCCAAGGCAUUCAAAAUAUAUAACUAAUAAAACAAGUCAUCCACAACCAAAAGAAACAACAUCCAAUGCUUCCAGGUGUGCCAGACUUGGGAAGGGACACUGGUAUAAUAGAGGUAGAAAGAAGUCACCACAAAAGAGGUGGAAUUAUAAAUACAA